GUAUAAGAGCAUCUCUGUCAUACAUUCUGAGACCACUGCUCACUAUCAGCAAUGGAAACGUCCUCCGUCCUCCUUGUGUGCAUCCUGGUGGCAUGUUCAGUUUGGACAGUCCAUGGACGAUCCUUCACGGUCAACAUUGAUGAUGAGGAGCAGGUGGACCUGGGCGUGGAUGUGAAUGUUGAUGUGGAAGUCUCCGCACAGCUUCCAGGUGUAUGCUGGGCGUGCAAGUGGGCUCUAAACAAGGUCAAGAAGAUGGCCGGUAAUAACGCCACUGUGGAGAAAUAUAAAUCAAAGUUACAUUCCGUCUGCGAUCAAAUUGGCCUCUUAAAACGUUUGUGCAAGAAAUUUGUGACGAAACACCUCGGAGAAUUAGUUGAGGAGCUCACCACCACGGAUGAUGUGACGACCAUCUGUGUCAACACCAAAGCCUGCAAGCCAAAGGAGUUGCUGGACCUGACCAUUCAACAGGAUGAUGAAGAUCAAAAACUUGAAAUUGAUGUGUAUCUUCCACAUCCUAUGCAUGGAUGAUGGUUUGAGAGUUAUGAUUACAAUAUCUCUGGCUAAAAAGCAAAUCAUGAAGGAUUUCUAAAGAUCUUUCAGUUUUCUCCUUUUCACUGCAUUAACUUUCUAUUGCAUUAUUUUCUUUUACCUUUUAUCACUUUGCAAUGCCUGUAAUGUUGAUUCCCAUUUCUAUAUCAGUUCAUAUUUUAUAUCAAUAAAUGUUUGCAUU